UUUGUUAUGGUUGUUGGGAGUGGAGGUUGUUUUUUUGUGGAGUUUCUUCCAAGGAAUUGUUGUUUGUUUUGGUUUUAGUUCAAUAUUUACUGGCUAGCAGGUGUAAUUCCACAAAGCAUCAUACAUGUUUAGCAAUGUUUAUCUUUCCCUUUCUUCUUCUCCCAGAAGAAUUCAUCUGAACUGCUGCAGGUCUACGCGCAGUGGGGUCAGGUCGGCCUUUAUCAUAUAGUCGCAUAAUUUGCUUCUCUGAGUUCGAAUAUGCAAACGCCAAAAACAAGAACGGAGUCCUCAAAGGUGCCACAGAGGUCAUCUCCAGCUACACCCCGCACAACUAAGCAGCGGAAAGCAUCAGGAGCUAACACAGAAUCAGUUUCUUCUGCUGCAACAAGGGCUCCGAAAGCAAGAAGCCCAAAAAUUGUUACUCGCAGGAUACCUCGUAGUCCAGCAUCCGAGCAAAAACGACGACCUGGAAGAAUAUCCGAUCUGGAAGAUCAGGUCGCUCAGCUGCAAAAGGAACUGAAGACGGCACAUGAUCAGCUCAGCUCAUCCGAGGCAGGGAAGAAUCAGGCUCAUUUAGACAAUGAAGAGGCCCAUAAGCAGCUAGCUGCUAUGUCAGAGAAGCUUGAGGAAUCUGAACAACAGGUACAGGAGCUUUCUGCUUCUGAGGAUUCUCGUAUUCAAGAGCUUCGUAAAAUCUCUCAGGAUCGAGAUAGAGCAUGGCAGUAUGAACUGGAGGCUGUGAGGAAACAUCACUCAAUUGACUCUGCUGCGUUGGUCACUGCCAUGAAUGAUAUUCAAAAGUUAAAAAUGCAGCUGGAAAGGGUAGCUGAGUCUGAAAUUGAGCAGGCUCGGCGUGCAGAAUCAGAACAUGCUGAGGUACAGAGCUUAAAGCAAGAACUUGGUGAAACUUUAAAUUUGAUUGAGAAUCUAAAAAACAAACUAAUAGAUUGCAAAGAAUCUACAACCCGAGCUAUGGAAGCCGUCAGAGGAACAAAAAUGCAGUUAGCAAUGGCGAAAUCAACGGAGGACACAUUGAGGUUGGAAUGCCUUAAAGUCACGGAGGCUUACGACUCUGUUGCUGUUAAGCUGGAUCAAUCAAAAAACAAAAUUAUCCAUCUGGAGGGACUUGUAAGCAAACUCCAAGCCGAUAUUUCCAGUGAUAGCAGCAAAAAUGCAGCACAGCCUUUAGGUUAUAUAAAACCUGCACGCGAAAGUGACUAUCAUGAAAAGUCACUUCAGAUGGAAAUGGAGCUUAACAAUGUCAAUUCUGAGGUGGCUCAAUUAAGAUCCGCUCUAGAGGCCGCUGAAAGAAGAUACCAGGAAGAAUAUGUUCAAAGCACAUUGCAGAUCAGAAGUGCAUAUGAAGUAGUGGAGCACACAAAAUUAGAAUCUCGCAAAUGUGAAGCUGAAAUGGGAGCAAACCUGAUGACUGCAAAAUCCGACAUUGAAGAGCUAAAGUCAAGGCUGAACAACAAGGAAAUAGAUUUCCACACCGUUUCAGAGGAGAAUCGAGGCUUAUAUUUGAAAAUCAUGGAAAAUCAAUUGUCCGGAAGAGAAACUGAACUUGAACUAGAGCUAAAAAAGAUCGCGGAAGAUAUGGUGGAAUUAAAGGCUAAUUUGCUAGACACGGAGACAACAUUGCAGAGUACCGCAGAGGAGAAUGAGGCGCUAAAAAUGGAAAUAAGAAAAAAAAAGCUAGCAAAUAAUGAAGUAGACAAUGAGACCUUCAAAUUUGCUGAAGCUGCAAAGGAUGCAGAGCGAGAGGCGCUAAUGAAGCUGAGUUAUUUGACAGAGGAAGCUGAGAAGAGUAGUAAAAGAAUGGCUGGAGUUACAGAACAGCUAGAUGCAGCGGAAACUGCAAAUUCCGAGAUGGAAGCUGAACUGAGGAGAUUAAAAGUGCAGUGUGAGCAGUGGAGGAAAGCGGCUGAGGCUGCUGCUGCUAUGCUUGCAACAGGCGACAAUGACAAAAUUGAGACAACUGGUUCUCUGGACAACAAGUAUCAUAUGUUUGGGGAGAAGUUAAGUUGGAACUUCUCCGAGGACAUGGAUGAUGACUGUCCUAAAAAGAAGAACGGUAACAUGAUGAAGAAAUUCGGGGUUUUGUUGAAGAAAAGCCAGAAAUAGAAUUAUUCGGCAGGAAGCCUUUGCAUGUUCUUUGCAGUAGUGAGUACAUUAUAGUUGAUUUUCCGUGAAAUUUAUUUUUAAUAUAUCCAAAUAAAUAAUGUAGAGCUUCCAAAUAAUUUUCAUAUAUAUUGUAUAUCAAGAGAACUAAUAUGAAUUUUUGUGUUGUGUACUA